CGAGUGUCGAUAUUCGAGCAUGGACAUCAGCGGUCUGUUUGUAAAAUCGCAGCGAGGGCCCAAUCUCAUUUUUUACGUGCUGUUCAUCGGCAUCACGCUGGUCUUGCUGAAUCUGAAAAUCCUCUUUCUUCGACACUACCUGCGCACGCCGAAACUGAAUCUGGACGACACCAAUAUUUCCACUUCUGACGUGGUACAAAGGGCUGAGAGGUCAAACCCGAACGUUCCGUUCGUUCUCUGGAACCGGAUGGACCCGCGCGACUUCCGCGUGAACACCAGUUGCGCUUUGUACGUCACACCGCUGGAAAUCAGCUUCAACAAUUUGUACUGGCAAGUGCAGCAAACCGUAGAUGCGAAUUUAUAUUUUUUUGGCGCCUACUACGACAUACGCCCUUUGGAUGGACCAGUUGUGCGCAUCUUGGCGACGGUUGACUCGCGCCAGGCAGAGAAGAAAUCGCUUUUCUGCCAGAUUUGGUUUGUUGAGACCACGCCGUCUUUUAGCCAGGUGUCCUUUCAUUACCUUGGAAAUGAAAAUUGGGUUGGCAAGGACGUGAGAAUGCAGCCGUACAUGCUAACAUGCAAGUUACCAGCAAAUGGAGAGAUUCCGAAAUCAGUUUCGAUUGUGGCAGACCGUUGUGACAAUGCGACAAAUAACUUGAAGGUCAUCUACAACCAAUUGCCUCGAGAAGAGAAGAAAAAGGCAUUUGCAGUUUGCGCUAAAACGCUAUUUUUCGAAAAUAGAGAUGAAAGUUUCCCGACGAGACUGGUCCAGUGGAUGGAAAUGCUCAGGAUUCUUGGGGCGAGCAAUAUCUCUUUUUACACGUUCCAGGUUGGUGAAGACGUGAAGAGAGUGUUGAAUUAUUACCAGGACACCGGAUUUGCUAUUAUUUUCCCUAUCACAAUGCCAGGGUCCAUCGUGAACGUUCCUGAGCUGCUCGAGAUUUACCUGCGGAAGCACCAGCGAGAACGAGAGGCCCAGCAAUUAAUUCACUACAACGACUGUCUCUACAGAAACAUGUAUUUGUUCGACUACAUCGUACCCUUGGACGUCGAAGAAUUAAUCGUCCCUGUCAGCACAAACUCUUGGCACGAGUUGUUUGCUCUGAAAACGAUUUCGGACGCAUCGAAUAAAUCUUCAGCGUUUUUAACUCACAAUAAGAACGUCCUGUACCUUUUAGAAGAAAAAAAUGCAUCAAAUGAGUCUCUUCGGGAUUUUCCACGGCUGCGGAAUGAGGAACGCAAUGCCAUGGCUGAGUUUAAAUCCUUCCAAAACACGAAGAAAGUUGUUCUGAUGCGCGAACAGGAACCCAAAGAGUGCUUCGGUGCUUGUGAAAUGUACGUUUUCCGACCGGAAGAAGCGCGACUGCAGCGGUACAAAAGGAGCCUCUCCAGCAAGGCAAAUAAUGUGAAGACCGACAAAACACUUGGGAAGUUUAAACAUGAGCUGAUCGAGAACACGAACAAAGUGUUGAAAAAUGUUGGUUUCAGCCCUUGAAAUUAUUUUCUUGUCAAAUGAUUUGAUUAAAGCCACUGGAGAGAGAGAUUUUUAACUUGGAAAUUAAACCGAAAUGUAGUCUUAAGCAGCAAAUAAAUGUGUUUAUCA